UUACCCAUCAGGUGGCGUGGUUGCGAGUUGAGACGAAGACUAUCCUUACAAUCCAUCGUCAUGUGAUAUCUCGUAACUAUAGGAUCACCUUAAGCCACAGCGACAACAGAAACUGGGUUUUACACAUCAACAACGUGCAAGAAGCAGACCGCGGCGGGUAUAUGUGCCAAGUAAAUACAGUCCCAAUGCUGAGUCAGAUAGGCUAUUUGGACGUGGUUGUGCCUCCAGAUAUCAUCGACACCGAAUCUAGUUCCGAUGUUCUUUCUCGAGAGGGUGCUGACGUAACAAUGGUGUGUAGAGCUAAAGGUUACCCGGCACCGACUCUGACAUGGAGAAGAGAAGACCAUCAGCCUGUUGCAGCUGGAAACUGGCAAGCGAAUAAUUUACAAGAUACAUCAUUUACAGAAGAUGAGAAAUCCAUGAAAAAUAAUACUGUCCAUUAUGGCGAAACAUUAACUAUUCAUAAAGUGAGUCGGCUUCAUAUGGGAGCUUACCUCUGUAUAGCAUCUAAUGGCGUGCCUCCAUCUGUUAGCCGUCGAAUUAUGCUUCAAGUAAAUUUUCCUCCAAUGAUAUGGAUUCCGAACCAGCUUGUCGGUGCUCCAGUGGGUGGUAAAGUCACCGUCGACUGUCACACCGAGGCUUAUCCGAAGUCCAUAAAUUAUUGGACAAAAGAGGAAGGCGAGAUGAUCAUCCAGAGCACAAAAUAUGACGUUGUACAUAAAGUUAACACGUACAAAGUUCAUAUGAUUCUAACGAUCAGAAAUCUAGUUCAUGAAGACUUUGGGACCUACCGGUGCUAUGCUAAGAAUUCACUAGGAUCCACAGAAGGCUCUAUACGAUUAUAUGAAAUCCAUGUUCCUCAGUUAUUCAAAGAGCCUUCCACAGCUAAAAUUCAGAGCCUUGAUGGAACUUCAGUCUUUGCUGCAAUAGCUCCAGGUUUGUUUCGCUUUCAAAGUUCAUCUAUGCCUUUAGUUUUUGCUUCUUUACUUUAG